AGUUAUGAAUGUUAAUGUAAUUUAUCGUCGAGGGAGAAUAGCACCAACUAAAAACCGGAGGAAGUUGGUAAUUUUAUUUGGUGGAUACUGGAGAAGAUUUUGGAACCUGUCUUUCAUCUCCUCCAAUCGAGUGCCAGAAUUAUUGUGUGAAGCUUUUCAAACUCGGAAUUGAACCUGGAAGAAGCUAGGUGCCGUCAUUUGACAGGUUCGUUGUUUGCCAUUCCUCUACCACCAACUCACAAAGCGAACAUUUCGAGUCACGUCGAUCCUCCGACAUCGCAUGAUACUGAUGCACUGUAAGUGGAUGGUCAUCAUCCGCUUUUGCUAUUUAUAAAUGCUGUGUUAUUAAAACCAUACCCCGCAUGCUUCCUCGAGGAAGAUAAAAAAGAACCUACUGCCGUGCCAAGAAGGAGCUGCAAUCGACCUCUCGUCUUUAUCAUAUCACAUCUUUUCCUCAAACUCAUCGGGGACAGUCAUACGCCUCCCGUCAUUAACUAUUUCUCUCCGGGAUACACCGCCUUUGACAUUUUCCUGAGGAUCAUUUCUCUUAUGUAUCUUCUGUAAACAUUAAUGGCUUGCCUACACGACUAAGCCCAGCGUGCCUCUUGUCUGACACCAUUGAACAUUUACGAUAAUAUAUUCCGUGUUUGUUUCUUUACGGCAACCUGUUAGUGUUACCUCUCGUGAUUUGUACCAGGGGAACUUCCCCACCCAAACUAAACCUCACAUGAUUAUAUCCCUUCUCGGUUGGAGACAUAUUGACCAUACAUACAUACGAGGUGUUUGAAGGGAACGUCUGACUGGCUAAUUACAGGCAGUUAAACUCUUUAUCGGACUACCGCGAAGUAAUAGGAAGAGACCAAUUGCACCAAUAAGUGACCUAUCGUGUCAUCUCGAUUCUUCACUCCGCCUCACACAUCAAAUCAACAGUAUACAUUCUGACAAGCCGACUGCGCUAUCACAGAUCACAAAAUGUCUUCUCUUGUAUCAACCCUCGCUAUUCUACUCGUAACAGUGAUUACAAGUACUCUGAGUUCGCCUAUCAAAAGUGAGAGAGACAAAUGGCUGGAGACAGUGGGUUUAGCCGAAAGUCCUGGAAUCUACGUUGGACCUGGUCCUGUUGACCAAGAGUCAAGUGGCGACUUCGCCAGCAUACUGGGCGGAUUGCAAGGGAGUGGUGACACACCCUCAGAACCCGCUGAGCAGGGUGGGUUUGAUCUUACGGAUAUUCUGAUCGCAGUGGACCAUGAGACCGAUCCAGUGUCCUUCAUGCCAUCGAGCAGUAGCAGCAGCAGUAGCAUCAUGAGCAGUAGCAGCAUCAUCGAGGCAUCGUUGAGCGAAUACGAUGGUAUUGAUUCCGAGGAGGAUGUCCGCAUCGAGGAAUCUACGAACGACAAGUACGAAGGCGACAACGAGCUCGGCACGGGCGCCAUCGAUGAGCACGACCCAAACACCUUUGACAACAACAUGCCGCUCAAUCCCAACGCCAUUCCCGAUGCCUUCCAGAACGGCGCCAAUGCUGAGCUAGGACCAGACAAAGAGAUCAACAAGAUUUCCACACGGGCAAAGGCUAAUCCUAACCCCAAGGGGGUGAAGCCACAACCCAACAUGGCCGGAGAGAGUGAGAAGUCAGCGGCUGCAGGGAAGGGAAAGACACCCCCGAAUGUACUGAAGUACACGGCUGUUAUAGGUGUUGUAAUGGUUGCAGUAGCUGUCGGCAUGGGGGCUCUAUUGAGUGCCAUUGGACUCGGAGCCGUCAAACUUGUUAAAAAAGCUCGGAAACCCAAGGUCGAGGAGGCAUGAUAGUCUUCUUUAUCACUCUUGAACAGUCUUGAAUUUUGAUUUAAAUAUAAGAAUGAAGAAAAACUGUUUUUAUCAAAUGUAUUCCACUGUGUCCUUAGGUAUCUAACCUUCCAAAAAGUAUUUUGAAGCCCUCUGCAACCGAGCAUGCAUGGAGCCGACGGAACUGUUCAUUUGCCGGUUUGUUCAUUCAGACACUUCAUGCAGUUUAGGUAAUAUCGCUGCAUUCGGAAUCAUAGAUGAUCUAUUGUUCUUGCUGUUAGAAAACUGUAUAAAUAUUCCUAAUGUUCAGAAUCAAUUAACAAAUUUCAAGUGUCCUGUAGUCAUAUAUGUAUAUUAUUAAAUCUUUAUUUCACUAUAUGUUCUCAACCUUUGGGGCAGCUCAUUGGUGAUUGAAAAUUGUAUGAAUACCUCAUGUUAAACUACUUUUGUACAUAAUUACUGCUCUGUUUUGAUAUUUUGUUACAGCUUUAUUACCAUUGUGUCAUUCAGUUAUCAUGGUCAUUAUAAAGUAAGAGUUAUUUGUUGUAUUAUGGGUUAUCUUUAUAUAAUAAGAAAGCCAUUUAUUCCAACAAAUAAACUAAAAUGUAUAUUAAAUUGAGAUUUAAAUUGUAUUAGUUCAAUAAAUAAUUAACAAUUUUUCUAAUAACACAAUGAUCUAUUUCUAGUAAAGAAAAGCCCCCACCGAAAAAACCCCUGAUAUCCUAAAAUGGUCCGAGGUUUCUUGUAAACCCAUAUCUCUAAUAUUGUGUUGCAAACGUGUUCACUUCUUGUCUUCAAAAGUAUAAUUUUAUGUCUUCCAAUAUAUUGAAAUGAAGAUCUUUUACUUCCCGUUAUUUAUUACAUUUUUUUCAUAUUAAUUUGAUCCUCCUUUCGAAUGAAAUGGAUGAUAAUACAAAAUGCAAAAACUGUUUCUCAAAAUUUAGUCUCAUUAUUAAACAGAAUUACUUUUAAUCGAUCCUUUUGAAACCAUUUCAUGAAUAAUGAUUGAUAACCCAUGUAAAUAUUGUACAUACACCAUUUCUAUGAUAAUUAUAACAUACAUGUAAAACUAUGUAUUAUUAACCAUUUCAUACUUUUAAUAGCAUGUUUUGGUUCGAAAUCUUUCUUUUGGUGCAUUUACAUUGUGUUUGUGUGGAUUUUGCUGUGUUCCGAAAAGAUUUAUUCAUCGAAAUGCUUCUCUUCUUUUGUAAUAAAAGGAAUAAGUAUAAAUCUGUA